ACACCUUACAUUCCUGUAUAAAUACCCCAUCUGAUCCCACAUAGUCUGCACAAUAGUACAUCGCAGAACAGCAUCUUAAAGGACGCAAAGGAGGAUAAAAGUAGAAGAAACCUUGAUACCUCAACUAAUUCAUACACUUUCAACAAGCUUUGAUUUUCCAGAAUGGGAUCUUCUGCAGUUCAGAUGGCAUGUGUGGCCUUUGGGGUCCUUGGACUCAUUGGCGUCAUUAUUUGCUGCUCUAUUCCUCGCUGGAAGGUGUCGUCCUUCAUAGGAUCCAACAUUGUGACAGCACAGACCACUCAAGAGGGCCUGUGGAUGGAGUGUGUGGUGCAGAGCACCGGGCAGCAACAGUGCAAGAACUACGACUCCCUGCUGGUUUUGCCCUCAGACCUGCAGGCUGCCAGAGCCAUGACCAUCAUCAGCUGCAUGCUCUCCUGCCUCAGCCUCCUCAUCCUCUUCUGCGGUGCUGACUUCACCACUUGUGUGGAGAACGAAGACGCCAAGUCUAAGAUCAGCCUGGUGGCUGCAGUAGGCCUGCUGCUUGCUGGUCUCAUGGUGAUCAUCCCAGUCAGCUGGUCUGCAAAUAAUAUUGUGAGAGACUUCAACAACCCCUUGGUACCUUCCUCCAAUAAAAAGGAGUUAGGAGCAUGCAUCUAUGUGGGUUGGGGAGCUGGUGUGCUGCUGAUUCUGGCUGGUGGUCUGCUCUGCUGCUUUAGCAGACCCAAAUCCAGCAGCUCUGGAGGAACCGCCAAGUACUUUAGCAACAGUGCUUCAGCCCCAAACAAAAACUAUGUGUAGUGGCUUUAAUGAAAGGGACAAAGAUUUGAGAGAAAGAAGAUGAGGAGAGGGAUAUUUAGUGAAAGACUGGGGAGGAAUGAUGUAAAAUAACACCAGGGUUUAGGUUUAGAAAAAAUAUGAUUGUGUAAAUAUUUAACACUGAUAACUGGCUCCAUUUCUAACACCAUUCCAAGCUAUGAUGGAGAUCUUUUCAUUUUGGUAGCAGGGUGAGGUGUAUGGCAUCAACAUAAAGGCUAUAAAAUUUAAUUUGCAGCGUUUUUUAAGCAUAAAGGUAAUAAGUUUUAUUUGGGUUACUUUCUUCAGAGCCAGCUCUUCUAGCUAGAAAGAAGUUGGAUUUUCUUUCUUCUCACUGAAAUGUUCAACCUUAAAAUUGGCUUUAAAUAAAUAACAACACAGAUGAUAAAACUGUAAAAAUGAAUUAAUAAAGGAAAAAAUAAUCUCACUUAAUGAGUUCUAAACUCAGCAACUAUAUGUAUGAAAUAUCAAAUCAGUCUUUUGAUGCACUAUGGCUCUAAAUGAACAUAUAUUUUGCUUUUUAUAUUAAUUUACCUGUUUCUGUUUUAUCUUUAAGGUUGUGGUCAGAGAAAGCUAAAAAAAAAUCUUUAACCAAAUGCACCUCAGUAGGCCUCAGGGAAUAUCUGUGUGCAAAUGUUUCUCAGCUGAUACAUUUUUAAGCAUAUAUGUUAUAUUUCACAUAGAUUUAUACAUUUGUUAUUACUCAAUUUGUUCUGUUUCUCAUUUUGUAUGAUGAGUAAAAAUGAUUAAAAUCUGGUAAAAUUCAAA